CCGUUCCCAUUUUGCUGGUCAGGCGCCAUUUCGGGCUCAUUCCACAUACGACCCCAAGCAGGGCCCUGCGUGGGUGAAAUGCCACACGCGGCACGAAUCCGUCGGCCACUCCAUGAAUUGCCCACAAGGCCACAAUUGAGCCUACAAGGAUGUGGAAGUGAUAACUACCUAGCUCCACUACCAGCUGCGACUGCCCAGUUCUCGAGCUUUCUUUCUGUCCGGCCCCGCGCUUGCACGCGUGCACAAAAAUGCAGCCAUACGCUUCCGUGAGCGGGCGAUGUCUAUCUAGACCAGAUGCAUUGCAUGUGAUACCGUUUGGGCGACCGCUGCAAGCAAUUGCCGGGCGGCGGUUCGUUCGCUGUUUUGCGAAAGGAGGACAACCUGGUGACAAGAAGAAGCUCAACGUGACGGACAAGCUGCGCCUCGGGAACACUCCUCCCACGCUGGACGUGCUUAAAGCGCCACGGCCAACCGACGCUCCCUCAGCCAUCGAUGACGCCCCCAGCACUUCGGGCCUGGGGCUGGGCGGAGGAGUGGCGAGCCCCAGGACUUUGGUGCAGUCCAAUGCCGUGCAGGUGGCGUGGCGCCGGCUCAUGAAGGAGCUGUCGUCGCUCCCACGCGCCAUCGCCAUCAUGGCCCUCAUCGCCGUGCUGUCGGGCCUGGGCACCUUCAUCCCCCAAAACAAGUCCAUCGAGUACUACCUGGUCAACUACCCAGACGGCGCGGAGAAGGUGCUGGGGUUCCUGACUGGCGACCUCAUUCUGACCCUACAGCUGGACCACAUCUACACCGCUGACUAUUUCUACCUGUCCAUGGGGCUGCUGGCCGCCUCCCUGGCUGCCUGCACCUACACCCGCCAGUGGCCCGCCGUAAAGGUGGCUCAGCGCUGGCGCUUCCUGACGCAGCCGAAGUCGCUGCUUAAGCAGGGGCGCACGGAGGUGUUGCCCAACGCGCGUGUGUCCGACCUGGGCGCUAUCCUGCUGCAGCGGGGCUACCAGGUGUUUGUGAAGGACGGCUCCUUAUACGGCUUCAAGGGCCUGGCCGGCAAACUGGGGCCCAUCGGCGUGCACGCGGCGCUGCUGCUGUGCCUGUUCGGUACGGCGUGGAGCGGGUUCGGCACCCUCAAGGGCAACGUCAUGUGCCCGGAGGGUCAAGACUUCCAGGUGGCUUCCUUCCUGCAGCCGUCCUCGCCAAUUGCCAGCAUGCCCGCCUCCGCCUCCAACGUCAUCCACGUCAACAAGUUCACCAUUGACUACCGCCCAGAUGGCUCAGUGGCGCAGUUCUACUCGGACUUGUCGCUGCUUGAUCCCGCCCAGGGCGGCAAGGAAAUGAUGCGCAAGACCAUCAGCGUGAACGACCCCUUCCGCUUCAACGGCGUCACCAUGUACCAGACCGACUGGUCGCUGUCGGCCGUGACCCUGCGCGUGCUGGGCCAGGACGCGCCCCUGGCGCGCGCCGCGCAGGCCGCUGAGGCGCAGGCCGCCGCCUCCACCUCCGGCCCCACCUCCUCUGCCUCGUCAACCUCGGACGCGCUACCGCAGCAGCGCACCGCCUUUAACCUGCCCAUGGCCUCGCUGGAGGGCAAGCCGGGCGUGGCGGGGCGGCUGUGGGCCACCUUCCUGCCUCUGGCGGAGCCGGGACAGGACGGGUCCGCGCCCAAGGGCAUCUCCAUCCUGGCGCGUGACCCUCAGUCGGUGGUGUUCUACGACGCCAAGGGCCAGUUCGUGGGCGUGCGGCGGCCGGGCAGCGGCAAGCCAAUCGAGGUGGAGGGGCUGGCGCUGGUGGUGGAGGAUGUGACGGGCGCCACCGGCCUGGAGCUCAAGAGCGACCCCGGCGUGCCGGCCGUGUACGCUGGGUUCGGCGGCCUGAUGGUGACCACAUUGAUCAGCUACCUGAGCCACAGCCAGGUGUGGGCGCUGCAGCAGGGCUCCAGCCUGUUUGUGUCGGGCCGCACUAACCGCGCCAAGCUGGCCUUCGACCGCGAGCUCGAUGACAUCCUCAACGCCGUGCCCGAGCUGCCGCCGACCGCCGCCACCACCGUGGCCUCCAGCGCGAGCACGGCUGCUCCUGCGCCGACGGCGAAGCAGUAGGGGGUCACGACAGGGGUAGGGUGGGUGCUAGUACGGGUGGCGAGCGUGUUCUUGUGUGCCUGAUUGCCCGUGUGUGUUUGUGUGCAUGCAUGUGCUUGUGAUUAAGUGUUGCGGGGUAAAUGUGGGUGAGGGGUGUCUGAGCAAGGUACGGGCCCCACGGGCGCAUAAAAUUCUGCGUGCUGGGCGGGCCAAGGCGCCGGCAUGUCGGUGUUGUAUUGGUAGGCUUCGGCAUUAGUAGGGUUGGAGGGUGCCUAUUAUACAGCAGCAGAUUGUUACCCGGCAUAUGACUGUGGCGCGCGAGCGUGCCCGGCUGUCGUCAUGUUUGCACGUGCGGCAAACAAGCACCCUUUUGAUGAUGGCGGCUUA